AUGAUAUAUUUGCUUCUCUAUGUUGAUGACAUCAUUAUUACAAGCAACAACUCCAAGUUUCUUGACAAUUUUACUUGUAAGCUCAAUUCUAAGUUCCCUAAGAAGGAUUUGGGUUCUCUCAGUUACUUCUUUAGUCUUGAAGCUACUUCCACCACUGAUGGUCUUCUUAUUAGUCAGUUGAAAUAUGCACGAGACAUUCUCACACGUGCUCAAUUACUUAACAGCAAACACGUCCAUACCCCAAUGGUUGUUUCCCAACACUUGACCGUUGAUAGUCCUCUAUUUUUAGAUCCCAAACUUUAUAGAUCUCUCAUUGGUGCUCUUCAAUAUCUGACUAUUACACAUCCUGAUAUUGCUUAUGCUAUCAACUUUGUCAGUCAAUUUCUCCAUUCUCUGAUUAAAGACCAUUUUCUUGCUGUCAAACGUAUUCUUCUCUAUAUUAAGGGCACACUGCAUUUUGACCUCACUUUUCAUCCAUCUGCUCCUCUUGGUGCUUUGGUUGCUUAUUGA